AUGGCUGGUACUGUCGACAACCCGCAUAUAUCACAAAGAAAUCCGGCCUUACCGCCUGCUUCAGAAGACUCGCAAAAUGACCAAGGGUUAUUUGGACGCCUAUCUCAGCGGUGGAAAAACUACCUGUUGUUAAAGCGAAUUGCGAGUUUCGAAGCAUUGGAGCUAAAAACGUUUGUAAGUCAGAAGUUGUUCAAGAUCGACAGCAUAUUAUGUGAUGAGCAAACAAGGGCAAAUUUGAUCGAGAAGUUGGUUGGAGAUCCUACAUGCAUUAGCAAUGAUUUUGAGCGUGAAGAGAUGAUUAAAAAAUAUGGCGGGCGAAUGGUAAAGUGGGUGCAGAAUCGUCUGCUUGGUUUGAUGAGCGAUUGGGAUGAAUUGGUAAAAUUUGCCGCUGAAGAUUUUCAAGAAUUUCGCCUGCGUGAUCCAUUGUGCAAUUGGUAUCGCGGUUCACCGGAAGCCACUCUUCACGUUGUACAACGAAUUGAGAAAAUUGCAGAAAACAUGAGCAAUAAGGUCCGUUGGAGUAUACUAAUUGAGCCGGGAAAGUUGACUUGUCACCUGAUGGACUAUGUCUCGGAAUUCAGCCGCCUCGAGGCAUUCUUUGUCAACAAUGAGCUCAGCUUUGAAGAGGCCGAUCAAUCAACUUUUAAUCAAAACUACUUGAAGAAGGCUAGAAAUUCAACAAUAGCUUGCCCGGAAAUGUCUCGAGUCAAAUUGCGGGAUGCACCUCGUGAUCAAAAGGGUGAUGCCUGCUCGAACGAUACACGUUCCAGACGCAUUAGACUUGUGAAAGAAAUCUUCAACAGCGAUCAAGUACCCGAAGCCGCAAGUGACGAUCAGACAUAUGGUACGACCGAUUUUAUUCAUGCAAAUUACAUUCGUGGCGGCACCCUUCGGAACACAUUCAUCUGCACAGAAGCGCCUCUAGCCGAAACCCAAGAAGACUUUUGGCGUAUGAUUUAUCAGGAGAAGUGUGGCCUCAUAUUCAUGCUUUGUACCGCAGUUGAAGGGACAACACUGGGGCUGCUCGAACAUUUGGACACAGUUGGCGAAAGCAACAUUGGGACAACACAAAUGAAUGAUGCUCGAAACAAAUUCUGCCCUUUCUACUGGCCCCGAAAUGAUCAAGAUGAACUUGUUUUUGGCAAUUUAAUUGUCAAGAAUUGUGGUGUUGACAGUGCCAAGGAUCCGUUAUUUAACGUCACUUGUCUUGAGGUAUGGCGAAUUGAUGAUACCCGUCGAGAAGAGGUCCUCUCGUUGGAGCAUUGGCAAUGGGAUUGGACGACUCAGGUGGAUGUGCAUUGGCCUUUUCGUCUCUUACGUCGAGCUCGCACUUCACCUACUCCUACUGUCGUGCACUGUAUAGAUGGAGCAAGUCGAACCGGCGCUCUAAUCACGCUUGAAGUCGUCUUAAUGCAUUUGCUUUCUGGCUUUCCGUAUGAAGCCAACCCUGUGCUCACCUCGGCGGUAUUUGUUCGAUUACAGCGUCGUGGAGCGAUAUCGACGCCACUCCUCUACUUGUGGGUUUACCGGUGUCUGUUACAUUGGGUUUCUCCAUUUGUUUCUGGAUGGCGCACGAGGCUUUCACUUGGAUUGGUCUAUUCUUCGACGGGAUUCAUUUCCAAGUACAACGAAUAUCUUCUAACAAUUAUCUGCAAGUUGGCACUUUCAGAGACUUUCGACGAAAAUUCUCGAUGCCUCAUGGCGGAGAAUAGCACUGGGGUGAACGAUUAUGUUGAUCGAAUCACGAGUGAGGAAAUCGUUGUCAUCAACAGUAAUCUCCUCGUUGCGAUCAUCAUCAUUUCGAUCUCGAUCUUCGGCAUCUCCGCAAACUUGAUGUCAAUCUACUUGGCAUCAACGUAUCCCCAGCUGAAAAACAAUUUCGGAGCCCUGUGCAUUUCGCAGUGUCUCGCAAACACCGGUUUGCUCAUCAUUUUCCUCUUUUGGUGUGCGCCGAUCACGUUGACCAAUGCUCAAGAUCUCUCAGUCGGCUUUUGGGGAAAAUUGAUGGGUCAAUUGAACACGUUGUUUUGGGAUAAUUGUGUUUACUCGCAUUUGGUCGUCUCGUUGAAUCGAUUGGUGACGAUAACUUUCCCGACGAAAAGCGUUCAUAUGUCGGGUCGAAAGAGCACCGUUCUGCUGGUGGGCUGCUCGUGGACGAUCGCCGCCAUCCUCAACACACCCUAUUUUAUUCGUGAAUAUUGUUACAUUGUUUACAAGCCGAUCACUUUCACGUGGAAUUACGCGGACGGCGAUUGUGGGCUGAUUAUCGGAACUUAUUUGGAUUGUUAUCUUGGGAUGACCGUUUUUGGGAUCAUUUCCUUUUUCGAUGUCUACACGAUCGUGAAACUGCGCUUCACUACGAAAAAGAACAUCGCCGGUGCCGGCAUGAAAGACACAUUAUCAAAGCGUCGUGCCUUGGAGAUUCGCUUCUUUGCUCAGAGUUGUGCGCAACUAUUGAUUUUCGCCUACAUUUUCGCGAGUUUCUAUUUCGUGUCCACGUUUUUCGUCUCGAAAUGGGCGCUCUUCUUCACGGUGACUUUCUCGUGGCAGAUUUGUCAUGCGUUGGAUGGAUGCGUUUUGUUGUUAUUUCAUUGGAGGCGACAAACCGUGCAAAACACAAAUCGCUUGGGUGGACAAACGAUGAUUCAAGUAAGGGAAACUGGAAAGUCUCGUCCACUCGCAACUGCCGCUCAAAUCCGCGGUUCGUCCAUGCUCAAAUACCUC